CUGGGAGCAAUAAGUGCGCCACCACAGGACUCCAUCGUGAGAGCAGGCUCCUGUCAUCCGGACGCACCUAACAUCCCGACCGUAAAGGAUAUCCUUGGACUUGGAUCCAACGCACGGAAACGCGACCGUUCGGAUGCGCACUGUCCUGCUCAUUGAUGGAUAUUUCGUUACUGGGCCUGAUGAUGGAUUUACAUUGAGAAGGACUGCCGAGGAGGAAAGUUGGCCCUGUACCACGCUGCCUGGCAGUGGGCAGGCUCUCCUGCUAUUGGCGGCGCAGCCAUCAAAUAUCGAGAUAGGGAUUCUAGCCACGAGCCACUUGCAAUUGUGCUGCCUCGAGGCAUCUUGUCUCGUCAUGGAUUUCUUGUUUCAGCAACGUACAGCAGGUGCUCCAGUGCAAAACCAUCAAGCAAGGGACGGGAAAUUCCACAUUCCUACAUCCCUGCCAGACGAGCACGCCAUACAGUCACGGAAAAACGACAUAAAAGAAAAUCUCUUUAGCCAUUACCGCCAUUGGUUGUCCACUUCAGUACAAUCUUCAGCGCAAGCAGAACACUGCAGGCACGAGUUUGUGGGGCACGCAUGAAUCUUAAACGUGUCCGUCACAUCUUGUCCUUUUUCGAUUCGAAUUAUUGUUCAUUGGGGUGUACUACCCUAUGUCCGGCAUUAUUAUGUAGUCUUCUUGUCCCUUUUGAAGUGCUAAAUCGCCUCUAGGGACGGCAGUAUAGGGCGUGUUUCAGACCACACGAUUCCGUUCAACACAGCGGUACAGACACCUAUUUGCAAGAAUCCGUCCGAUCAGUGAAAUACAUUUUCAGUUGGG